AUGGCCAUCAAUUACGGCCAGGGCACGCCUGAUGCCCCAAGCCGUGGCUACCAGCUCUACAUCACCGCGCUGGUCAUGGUCCUGAUCGCCACCCUUUUUGUGAUUGCCCGCGUGUCCACGCGCAUUUCAACGAAACGCCUUGGAAUGGACGACUACAUGGUCAUCGCUGCCCUGAUUUCCUCGAUAUUUUUGACUGCAACAAUCAAUCUCGCCGUCGUUCAUGGCUAUGGCACAAGAUCUAUUCAUUUAUCUAACCGGCAGAAAAGACUUUCGCUGAGGUGGUUCUUCAUUGCCCAAACCCUGUACAAGCUCGUCCUGGGUUUCACCAAGAUCUCCAUUGUGUGGUUGUAUAUUCGCAUCUUUAUCUCUAAGACUUUCCAACGUGUUUGCUAUGCUGUGAUGACUGCUAUUGUCAUCUGGGCCAUCGCGUCGAUAUUUGCCACCAUUUUUCAGUGUGUUCCGCUCGCGGCCUCCUGGGACAGAUCUGUGAAAGCGACGUGCAUCGACAAAAACGCCUUCUGGUACGGCUUUGCCGUCACUAAUACCUCUCUUGAUUUUAUAUUGCUAUUCCUACCCAUUCAACCAAUACUUAAACUCCACCUGCACUGGAAAGAAAAAAUUGGUCUCUUGGGUGUCUUCGCUCUCGGAGCAUUCGUGUGCGUGACUAGCAUUGUUCGAACCACAGCAGUAGCUCAGACAACCACUGGUCCGAGAAAGGAUAUCUCGUGGGAUUUCAUUUCACGGUCUAUUUGGACAUUAAUUGAAGCUAACACUGGCAUCAUUUGUGCCUGCCUUCCUCUACUAAAGGGCCCCCUCGCCCGCCUAUUUCCUCGGCUAUUCAACAUGUCCACCCAUAACAGCAAGCGAUAUGGCUCCGAACCUGUCAAUUCAUAUGCUCUACGUCGCCAUUCAAUUCAUGGUACUAGCGGUAAACAAGUGACAAACAUCAGCUCCGCCGGGUGCAAAGAGCUUGGUCAGGCAUCUUCAUGGAGAAGCAGCGAAGAAUAUAUCAUUAAGACAAAUGAGUGUAACCGGCGCUGUGAAGGGGAGGAAUCGGGAAUAAUAAUGAAGAGAGAUAUUGAUAUUUCUUAUGAAACUGAAGCACCAUCAGCGCGGUCGAUUAAGCAGGGGCGUAAUCGACUGUAG